CUCAGUUCAUAAAAACUGAAAUACAGUUUGAUUCGAGGAACUUUGAUGCUUUUUUCAUUUCAUUUGGAACCCUAAUCGUGCGUCUCAUUUCUGGUAAAUCCCAAUUCAAUCUCGAAAUUGCCAACGACGAUGGAGGAAGACAAACAAAAGCCCGAAGGGAAAUCAUCCCCAAUUGAAGAAGAAGAACCAAUUCGAGGAAAGGAUCCGGAAAUUGAGAAACCGAUAGAGGAGAAUACGGAGGCGCCGCCGAAGAAUACCGGAGGUUGGGGAUGGGGUUUUUCUGGCUUCUCUGUGCUCUCGGAUCUUCAGAAAGCUGCGGAAGAUAUAUCUCGUAAUGCUGCAGCAGUUGCAGAGAAGGCCGCGAAAAGCAUUGCGGAUAUGCAAGAAGCGGAUGAAGACUCGGAAUCUUCUGCCAAGGAAGAAGAGAAAACUGAAGAGCUUGAGACGGAGCAGGAUAGUGAUAAUGAGAAAGAGAAGUUGAAGAAGUCAGCUCUCCAAAAAUUGGACGGUGCAAGUGAAGAGUCGCUUCUUAGCCAGGGUCUGAAGGUUUUCGAUGAUUCAGUUGAGAGUUUCACUUCUGGAGCUUGGCUGGCAUUUGGAAAUGCGUUAAAAGGGGGAACCAAUCUGGUGCAAAAGCUUGAAAACAGUGUCCAGCAAGGUUCUUCGCCCAGGGAAGCUGGAUCUGGUGCACCGUCUCUAUUGGAGACGGGAAAAGCAUUAACUGCUAAAGGAAUGCAAGUUCUUGAAUUUGUGGGCAAGGAGACUAUGGAUUUAUUGAUUACAGAGACUGGUCUUGGAGUUGAGAAGAAUAGGGAGGAUCAAAUAAUUGAGGAAGUGACAUUUGAUCGAUGCUUUUACAUUUAUGGUGGUCCUGAGCAGCUUGAGGAAUUGGAAGCAUUGUCAAGCCACUAUACUCUGUUGUUCAACAGGAGAAAGGGGAAACUCUCACCAGAUGAGAAAUUAUUGUAUGACGGGAAGCUCAAGCACAUCCAGCAACUGUUCAGCUUCGCUGAUGAAAUGAGUGGAGGUAAAGCAGAGUCUGACAAAGGGAAGAAAAUAGAUAUCAAAACUGAAGGCAAUGAUGAUGACAUGAAGAAUCUGCAUAACUCGAGUGUCAGCAAAGCUGCUGAUAUGGCUACUGGGUUCACAAACGCUUUAGCGGGACUAAACGUUAACGAUAUGAUCCAGCGGACCGGUGGCAGGCUUGAAUCUCUUCACUCAGAAGGAGUUCAUAGACUUUCAGAGAUGUGCUGUUUUGCAGUCACUCAUCUGCUUAUUCUCGGUAAGUCCAUGAUAUCUCAUGCCAACAAAGUUCAGGAUGAAGACACUGAGUCGUUAAAAAUCGAGUGGCCUGAGGAUCCUACUGAAAAAGCUAAGCUGAUUAGAGGCAAGGCAGAAUCAAUGGCUGGAUAUGUCGAAGCAGUUUCCAACAGUUUUAUAACAGGUAUAUCAGAUGUAUCUGAAACAUAUGCAGCUGCGAUCAAAGGAGCUGCUGCUGAUGAUUCCAAAGAUGAGCUUCUGAAAACAUCAACCAUGGAAGAGAAAGCGAGCACUUUCAAUGGUAGUCUUCGCUCUGACCAAACCACAGCUAUCACAAAGAUCCAGGAAGGACUUCAGUACCUAUCCUAUGUCGUGAUAUCUACCUCAAUGCCCUCUGCCUGAUAUAAUAAGAGUCAGAUUGGUCUCAUUUGUAGUUUUCCUUUUCUAGACAUGGCUCGGAUUCCAUCUAGGUUUCUUUGUAGAUAUAUCUGCUUCUCUAGCUACAUCUAUGGUAAGUCUCUCCCACUUUAGCUCUGCUUCUCUGUUGUUUGGAUCUUGAAAGUUUUAUUAAAUCUAGAAACCAAAGAUUGAAAAGAAGGGAA